AUGGAUGUUAAUGGCGAUAAUUCUUUAUCAAAAGAUGAAAUCAGGCUCUGUUGCGAGCAAUCGCACCUUCCACCGGAGAAGAUUGAAGAGUUUUUGAACCUCUUUGACAAAGAUGGGGACGACAAUGUUACUUUGGACGAAUACGAACGUGCUUUGUGUUUGAAGCCGAUACCUGAAACCACGGCUGAACACUGGCGCGAGGCAUUUGAUGAAAUGGAUAAGGACAAGUCUGGUAAGCUAACCGUGGAUGAGUUGUACGAGGGUCUAAAGAAUGCCGGCUGUGGCAUGAAAAGGAACCUCACCAAUUCUAAGAGAAUUAUUUCUUGCAAUUUUCGUAGGAUUGAGCAUUGGCAGGCGACGUUUAAUGAAAUGGAUGUUGACAAAUCAGGAAAACUCACAAUUGACGAAAUGUACCAAGGCUUACUCAAAUCAGGAUGCGAGCUCUCGAAAGAUAGAAUAGAGAGCAUUGUCAAAUCUGCUGAUGAUGAUGGUGACCGAAGUUUGACCUUCAAAGAGUUUUGCACUCUGAAAAGAUUAUAA